AUAGAAGAACAUGUCACGUGCUGUGUGAGUGUGUACGAUAGUGUACGCCAGUUAUAACCUUGAACGCUGAUUCUUAUAUAUAUUCGUUGAUGAGUUUUCAACCCUACAGCAAGAAUGUUACAGAUGAAAAAUCGCUUGAAAUAUUGCUCUGUCGCAGUCGCUGCGAACAGACUGGUUUCAGGCCCGGUGAAGAACCCUGUUGUCUUUAUGGAUAUUGCAGCUGACGGCGAGUUCAUUGGAAGAAUAAUUAUUGAGCUUUAUGCUGACGUCGUACCCAAAACAGCGGCAAAUUUCCGGGCCCUUUGUACAGGAGAGCAUGGCUUUGGAUAUAAGGGCUCAGCAUUCUACAGGAUCAUCCCUCAGUUCAUGUGUCAGGGUGGAGAUUUCACUCAUCAUAAUGGCACUGGUGGAAAAUCUAUUUAUGGAAAGAAAUUUAACGAUGAGAAUUUCAAGCUGAAACACACUGGACCAGGUGUUCUGUCUAUGGCAAACUCUGGGCCAAACACAAAUGGAUCCCAGUUUUUCAUCUGCACUGCAAAAACAGAAUGGCUUGAUGGUAAACACGUUGUUUUUGGGCAGGUCAAAGAGGGAAUGGAGACGGUCUCUUUAAUGGAGUCCUGUGGCCUACAUGAUGGAGGAACUGUAAAGAAGAUUGUCAUCACAGACUGUGGAGAACUCAAGCUGUUUUCCAGAUGAGGGCCGGCUACAACUGCAGCAGUAUAUCUGGUUGCGUGGCAUGCUUUUUAAAUCUUCCUGAGAAUGAGCCCAAACCUUUUUUUAGACUAUCCAGCGACAAGAUUUCCUGCCCACCCAGCAGAAUAUGACAUCCUGUUUGGCUAUGAAGAUUCUCCACUUCCAACGUUAAACUUUCAGCAAGAAUCUUCUGAACAUGUUCAUACAAUAGUUGUGGAGACAGUUGGGAAUACGAGUUUGUCAGAUGUAUUCCAUUAUAACUGCAGCCAGCUGACAUACACAUACCCUGAAAUGAAAAUGAGCAGUCCAUUUUAGACGGUGUGUAGGUGUAGCUUAUCACAGUAAUGCCUCAUGAAAGUA